CCUAGGCUUCUUUUGCCCUCUUCUCCCCGCUCCCUUUGCUCUCAUCUCGCCCAACAGUAUAUACAGUCAGAACAGUGACUUGUCUCUCCAACAUCACGCAGCUCAGCUGUACCGUGGAAAAGGAUCGAGUUACUCACGAAUCUCUCCCCUACAUUUUGCGUGCCACCAAACUGGCUUUGUUUUGGUCAUUAUCACAGGCGCCUUGGAUUUGGAGAUUUCCCAACCUCUGAACCCCCACUUCACCUUCUCAUCCUUCCGGCUCACGUCCGUCACGCGUCGUCCACUUUAGCAACGUCCAAAGCUCCCCUCUCCUUCUCCCCCCCUCCAGCCCUCAAGCGUCACAGCAUUUCCGGGGGGGCCUUGAUCCGUUUCGAGGCUUUGUGGGGCGGAUUUGCAAACCCGUCCUCGGUCUCCUCCGCCCUAGGCUCCGUUGGCUGUGGCCCUGUCACCUAAGUCAAUCAAUACCCACAUCGGCUUGAGGUGUUUGCGUUUUAGGGGCCGCCUCCUUUCCCUCACCGCAUCGUCAACGGCGCGGGACCUUGCGCCCUGAGAGUGCCCCCUUCAAGUGGCUCCCUCGACCAGCGAAGAAGACGGGAUUUUGGCGGUGGACCGGGCUCCCUCUGGAUCUCCGAACCAGCCUCCCCCUUCUUCCAAAAAAAAAAAAAAACACAGACGGCAUCCAAGGACCAAUAGCCACGUCUCUCCCCAUAUUGCACGACUAGUUCGAAGUACAUUUACUACCCUGAGCCCUGUCGUCACUUAAAAGGCGAGAGAAGCCUCAAAAACCGGCUAGGAGAGCCCGCAGCAAACACCACGCCAGGUCACCGCCUGUGUGUGUCUCUCACACACCUCAGCUUUCAUCCCCGACACACACACACAUACGCACUUACGUCGUCUCCCUCUCUCUCAGACUUAACCUCGCCUCCAAACUCUCACUUGCUCGGUGAAGGAGACCGGGCAGGUGGCUAUAAAUCAUCAUGGCCCUUACACAGACGGUCACCAUCAUCAAUAACUCGGGCAAGAUCAUAAGUACCGGCAAACAACUAGCCGGUAUCUUCAAGGAAGCCAAAGCAUCCUAUCAAGAGAAGAAGGCCGCCAUCAAGGCCGAUCGCGAGGUCCUCAAGCGCGCGCAGACCUUCGACACCUCUCGCGAUCUCCCGCCCGAGGCUUUUGACCGCCGCUACUCGCACGACGAUGGCCGUUCCGUGGCCAGUUCCCGGAGGAGUCACCGCUCCAGACGGUCCCGGUCGAGCCACCGAUACCACGACCACGACGUUGAGUACUACCCUCGCCGGGCCCUGACCGAGGACAACCUCAAGACGCAUUCCGAAGUCUCGAGCGUCACGCCGUCGAGGGCACCGCCUCCCUCCGCCUACCGCGUUCCCUAUGCCGAGACGGCGCCGCGCGACAUGGCCAUGAGCCGCCCGACGCUGCAUCACUACACGACGGCACCGACAGGCAGCGAGACCAUCGCGGACUCGGCGACGAUCCGCGGCUCCAUGGUCCCGCGCACCAUGUCCAUGCCCGUGCUGGCCAAGGACCGCAAGGAGAAAGAUAUCGACAUGGAUCUUGCCUACGGCAACAUCCCGCCCGAUCUGCAGGACCGCACCGACCUGGACCCCAUGACCAAGGAGAGAGAGGCAAAGACGCUCGUUGCCAGGGUCGAGGGGCUUCUUGACGAGGCCAAGUGCAUGCACCACUCGGCCACGGCGACCAUCGCUCACCUGCAGGGGAACCCGGACGCCGCCGCCGCCGUAGCGCUGACACUCGCCGAGCUGUCGACGCUGCUGAAGCAAAUGUCGCCGGCCUUCCUGUCCGUUAUCAAGGGAGGCUCGCCCGCCGUCUUCGCGCUGCUCGCAUCGCCGCAGUUCCUCAUCGCGGCGGGCGCGAGCAUCGGCAUCACGGUGGUCAUGUUCGGCGGGUGGAAGAUUGUGAAGCAGAUCAAGGACGCGCAGGCCCAGAGGCAGGCAGCCAUCGCCAACGCCAUCGCACUCGAGGCCCAGCCCGCCCCGCAUGCAAUCGAGUACGACUACCCGCCGCUGGAGCAGCAGUACGGCGACGCCUAUGGCCAGCCGCGGGAGGGCAGCGUCGCGUACGACGAGGCGUACGUGCUCGACCCGCGGCUCGACGAGGAGCUUAGCUCGAUCGAGAGCUGGCGGCGUGGCAUCGCGCCGUUUGGCGAGGACGAGAGCGCCGACACGGAGCUCAUCAGCCCCGAGGCGGCGCGUUCGAUGCGCGGCGACCCGGACACCCACACGGAGCGGAGUUUCCGUACGCAGCGCAGCUCCAGGACGCACCGCAGCUCGAGGACGGAGAGGACGGAGAGGACAGAAAGAACGGAGAGGACGGAAAAGUCGCACCACUCGUCGCGGUCGCACCGCAGCAGCAGUGCGCGCGAGUCCCAAGCGCCCGAACGCAUGAGCAGUGUGGCGGGGUCCGAGAGGGAGAGAGAGAGGGACGCCGAGAGCGUUGCCAGCAGCCACCGCAGCCACCGCAGCUCCCGGUCGAAGCGCAGCGAGCGGGCGCCGACGCUGGCCAUCGAGGACGGCAGCCGGCAAAAGGAGGAGAACGAGGCUGUCGAGGCGGUGCUGCGGCCCAAGAAGAACAACAUGCUCAAGAACUUGUUCAAGAAGAAGGAGAAGGAACACCGGGACCGGGAGGAGAGGGUCUCUGCUCUGGUGUUUUAAAGAGACGCGACCACGAAGAACCAAGAACAACGGACGAAAAACGAAAAACGAGAGACGACAGACAAGGGACAAAGACCUACGAGGAAUGGGAAACAAACGAUGCAUAUGGCUCGGGACAGUUGGCUGCUCCCCCAGCCUGGAACGGAGUUGGGUUUGUAAAGGGACGGAAGGAAAUGGUACUAUGGACUGAUAAGCUGUCUUUUUUCUUUUUUUUCCUUUUUCUUCUUCUUUGCAUCAUCAUCAUCAUUAUCAUCAUCAUACUAUUGGGGAGAAGGACGUACAUAGAGGCUGCUGUUACAUGGCAUCUGAGCGAUCGAUAGAAAAUAAUCGACGACAACGAUAAACAUUAUCUCAA